AUGAUGAGGCUGGCAGAACAAGAGGAAACAGGAUCGAGAGCUGGAAAGAAGGGUCCAGUGGGCCUGGACCUCUCUCCCUGUCCUUCAGGCUUAGAGGCAGAAUUCAAGACGCUUUUUACGGCUGACUCACUCCGUUUCCUCCAGGAGCUGAUUUCUGUAUUUGAUGAAGAGGUAGAUAAGGUACUACGGUUGAGAGCAUUGAGAAAACUCCAGCUGGACCGGUCCGGUGAUUUGCCAAACUUUUUGGAAAGCACGUCUCAUGUGAGGAGAGACCGGACCUGGAGGGUGCAGCCCGUGCCCACCAGGCUGCAGAGGAGACAUGUGGACAGGGAUCUGGCUCCCUGUGACACCCAGCGCUUCAUUAAAGCACUGCAGUCAACUGCACAAGGCAUACAGGUGGACUUUGAUGAUGGAAACUGUCAGUAUUACAACCAGAUCAAAGGCAUCCACAACGUUUUCAAAGCAGUUCACCACCAGCUGCCUGGUGUUCCACACAUUUCUGAGGCUCCAGUUCUGAUGCUUCGCCCACGAGCCUGGAACAUGGUGGAACACCAUAUGAUGGUGGAGGGGAAAGAGGUUCCUGGUCCUCUGUUCGACUUUGGACUCUUGAUGUUCCACUGUGGAAAGAUGCUGUUUGACUACCAGAGUGGGCCGUUCUUCUACCUGUCAAAAGUGGAGAGCUUCAUGGAGGCCAGACUGUGGAACAACAUAUUCAUCUGGACCCAACAGAAGCUGGCUCUUCCACGAGGAUCCAUCAAGGCCACGGUGCUGAUUGAAAACGUCCUCGCAGCCUUUGAGAUGGAAGAGAUUCUGUUUGAGUUACAAGAGCAUUCAGCAGGACUCAACUGUGGAAUCUGGGAUUAUUCUGCCUCCUUCAUCAACAAAUUUGGUCACCGACAGUCCUUCCUGCUGCCAGAUCGCAUUAAAUAUGUCAGUAUGGAGCGGCAUUUCCUGCAGAGCUACAUGGACCUGCUGGUUCAGACGUGUCAUCGGCGUGGAGCGCCGGCCACCGGAGGCAUGGUGGCCCAGCUGCUGCCCCCAGAUCCUCACAGUGACUCCUACAGGACGGUGUUGGCGAAAGUCACCAGAAUGAAAUCCCUGGAGAUCAGUGCGGGCAUUGACGGGUUCUUGGUGUUUGACCUGGGUUUGAUAGAACCGAUGCAGAAUCUUUUUAAGCUCCACACUGAAGGUGACAACCAGCUUGACUGUGUUCGAGAUGAUGCCAGAGUGACCCGUGACGACCUGCUGUCCAUGCCUUUGGGAGGCGUCACCAUCGAUGGUCUGAGGUACAACGUUGCCGUCUCUGUACUGUUUAUUGACAGCUGGCUGUCAGGUAAAGGACACUUCUUCUACAAAGGUCAGGUAGAAGAUUCAGCCACAGCAGAGAUCUCCAGAUCACAGGUGUGGCAGUGGGUUCGUCAUCACACUCACCUGGAGGAUGACGGCAGGCAGGUGAGCAGAUGUCUGGUGACUGAGCUCACCAAGGAGGUGAUGUUGGAGCUCCGUAGUCUGUGUCGGUCCAAACAGAGACUGCACACCGCCGCGUACAUGUUCCUGGAACUCGUCCACAGCAGGCACUUCCCAGAGUUCCUCACCACCUACCUGAAUCAGCAACACGCCUUCCUCAGCGUGCACAGCCGGGAGCAGGACUCAGACGUGUUCUGGUCCAAGCUGUGAUGGUAGACAGCUGAAUGAACCAGGCCUCGGCCCUGGAAUUGAGCCACGGUCUCUUCUUCAUA